AUGGGCUUAGGCAGCGUGCUGCGGAAGGUCUUGUUCUCAUCCUCGCCGGCCGCACGUCCUCGUCCUCAAAACCAGUCCUCUAACCAUCCCAAUGGUUCCGCGAAUCCACGACGCUCUCGAAAGCGUCCAUCUCAUUCUUUCGGUCGCAAGAAACAAUCCUCUCCAGGACUUGGCCCUCGCACCGACGAUAGGGUUUCCAGAAGGAGAAAGUCUCGCAGUCCGCCAAUUUCCCAGCAGGAGGCUCAGGAAAGAGCUGUCAUCACUCUAUACGGGGACCAACUGGCUCAGCUCGCCACACGUAUAUCGCAGGGCUGGGCUCGUUUUGAUGCAGAGCCCGAUGAAUAUUAUGUUACUCUCGACAUUCGUGAUCUUCGAGUCAGCUUGCAGAAGGCCUUGGAGAGCUAUUACGCUGCCCGCGGCUCACGAGCCAACCACGGCAUAGAAAGCAUCAUUCAAAUUAUGGAAGAUACUGAUAUUCGCUUGGCCAGGCUAGACCAUGAGGUCUUGGCGGAGGUUGAGCGUUUCGAACAAGCUGCUAUGGAUAUUGCGCUACGCUUUUCUCAUGCUCAAGUUGCAGAAGAAAAGCUCAACGUCUGUGCCGACGCCGAUGAUGCUCUUAUUGAGCUUGAGCUCUAUCGGGAAGGCUGGGUUCAUAUCAUGGAUCCGGAAGUUCACUCUCGUCUCGUUCAUACAAACUCAGUCUUACGAGAGGUUGCCACUACGUGUGUACCAAUCGCCCACCAUGCUUCUGCAUCGAAAGCUCCAUACCCAUCAAUCCCGAAUGGGGACAUUCACAAGUACAGCUAUCCUGAAACGUCACAGGCAAGGGAUAUAUCACCUUUGCCUCAGACAGGUGGUUUACCGUUUGUUGGCACCCAUUUUGACAGCUAUGCUGAAGUCAGGAGACAUCAAGAAGAGCAAGAAAAGCACAAAGGCCAGUCUGGGGAAAGCGCUAUUUACAAUCCUUUUCGAGGAGCAGCAUCAUCGCAUCCAGUUGCGAAUGGGUACCAUGAUACGCCAAAGCCUAUGUCGUCAUCAGCGAAUGGGGGGUUGGGUUCGCGCUCAGAUGGGCGGAGGGACACUCAGAGUAGUGAAUCUGGGGACGAAGGUGCAAUGAAGAUGGUCAUGUCCCGCACGCGGACUCUGCGAGAUAUGGCCGCGAGCGCCAUGAACCAGCGAGAUGACUUCCCUGGCAGUACUCUUACUUCACCAGCCGGAGCCUCUCGCGAUGGAUUUAGUAGUGGCAACGCAGGUCCAGCCUUCAGUCGAGGAUUCUCUUCCCAGGGAUCUUACCGAAACAGCCUGGGCCUAAGUCCCACCGCUUCGCGAUCGAGGGAUAUUGAGCAGCCAUCAAUGGAGCAGACACAUCACCUUUCCUUUGCCUCUGCACUGUACUUCACUAGGAAUGAACGGGUUGAUGCCAUUUCUGAUGCUGGACUGUAUUUGGAACGGUCAAAUGUUCGUGGGGAUGGACGAUGCCUCUUUCGUGCGUUGGUCCGUUGCCGAGCAGUUGCCAGAGGCAAACCCAUACCUGGGGAGCGGCUUGAACGUGAGGGGGCGGACCAUCUGCGCGCACGAGCUGUUGCAGAGCUGAUCAAAUAUCGCGAAUUACUUGCUCGCUUUUUCGUGAUUGAAGGAAAUUUUCCUCAAUACACGAAGAAGAUGUCACAACCUCGGACAUAUGGAGGUGAGCCAGAGCUUCUAAUGCUGGCGAAGAUACUUCAUGUUCCUAUCGCGGUGUACAUUUCGAAAGUCGGUAUAUAUCGCCAGAUUCAAGUGUAUGGCAAACAGUAUCGUGGGGAGCCUCUACGGAUUCUGUACUCUGACGGUAUCCAUUACGAUGCCUUAUUAGCCUACACGUGAUAUGCCUACUACUUGAAAGUGCUAUUGUUUGGCACAUAGCACACGUGGAAAUUGCGCAGGCCCGACUCGUGAUGAAGGUUGUCUUUGCCGCGUAGACUUGCUCAUCGUUUAUUGCUUCAGGGAAUGUCUCUUCGUUUUCCCAUGACGGGCACUUUACUGGCUCCCCUUGAAACUACGGGAUGGAAAAAAGAAGCAAACUGAUUUCACGAUGAGCCCAAGGCAACCGAUGAGCCCAAGGCAACCGAGCAACGAAAUACCGGAAGUGUCAGAGCAAUUUUUCCAUUUCCUGAUGGCGUGCAGGGUGGUCGCACCCGUAUCCGACGGCUCUAUUUAUUUAGAAAUGCACAAUAUUUAAGAUCACGACACUCCCCAAGCGGUAGUGAAGUGAGGAUAGUAGUAAAAUUCAGAAACCAUUGCCAUAA